AUGGCAGAAUGUACGGAGCUGGAAUGGGCCGUCCAGACUCUGGUGAACAAUUUUGACAAGUAUUCCAGUCACCGUUGCUGCUGCAAGAAACCCAGACGCAUCAGCAAGAAGGAUUUCCGCAAGAUGCUGAGCUGUGAGCUCAACCACAUGCUGACGGAUACUGGGAACCGUCGAGCGGCCGAUAAACUCAUCUGUGACCUGGAUGAGAACAAAGACGGUCGCAUCAGCUUCGAGGAAUACUGGACCUUGAUAGGUGGCAUCGCCAGCCCCAUCGCUCAAAUCAUCCGGCAGCAGGAGCAGAGCAUCAAGUACACCAAGUAG